AUGGACGGGUCAGAAAAAGCCGCGGGCGCAAGCUCUGACGAGAUCCAAUUCGAUACCGAAAGCGCCAUGACGAUCACAGGCGACGAGACUCCCGGCAAGGAGAGCCCCAAUCUCAAAGGAAAUGACUGGAGCAUGAUGGCCAAGCUCCAGGAGGAGAACGAUCGCAACUUGGCAGCUGGAUUCAGGAAACAGGAACUUGGUGUCACCUGGCAGGAUCUCUCUGUGCAGGUAAUAAGUUCAGAAGCCGCUGUGAAUGAGACUGUCCUCUCCCAGUUCAAUAUUCCCACCAAAAUCAGAGAAGGCCGACGAAAGCCCCCUCUACGGACAAUCCUCAACAAGAGCCAUGGUUGCGUGAAGCCCGGUGAAAUGUUGCUUGUGCUGGGUCGCCCCGGCUCUGGCUGUACGACACUGUUGAAAAUGCUUGCCAAUAGACGAGGAGGAUACAAAUCAGUGGAGGGCGAUGUGCGCUUUGGAUCUAUGCAGCCAAAGGAGGCUGAAGAGUUUCGCGGCCAGAUUGUGAUGAACACCGAAGAAGAGAUCUUUUUCCCAACCUUAACGGUUGGUCAAACUAUGGACUUUGCCACGCGCCUCAAGGUGCCCUUCAAUCUGCCGGACGGUAUGACUGCCUCGGAAUACCAACAAGCGUCGAAAAAGUUCCUCCUCGAAUCCGUCGGUAUCUCUCACACCGAGGACACUAAGGUCGGUAAUGAGUACGUUCGUGGAGUCAGUGGCGGUGAACGCAAGCGAGUUUCUAUCAUCGAAUGUAUGGCCACUCGAGGCUCUGUCUUCUGCUGGGAUCAGUCGACCCGUGGCCUUGAUGCGUCCACUGCGCUUGAAUGGACUAAAGCCAUCCGAGCUAUGACCGAUACACUCAAUCUGUCGACCGUGGUUACUCUUUACCAGGCUGGUAACGGCAUCUACGGUUUGUUCGACAAAGUUCUCGUGCUUGAUGAAGGAGAACAGAUCUUUUACGGCACCAGAGAGCAAGCUAGGCCCUUCAUGGAGGAAGCCGGAUUCAUCUGCCGAGAGGGCUCUAACGUUGCGGAUUACCUCACUAGUGUCACUGUACCGACCGAACGCAGAAUUCGACCUGGCUUCGAGAGCCGCUUCCCGCGUAACGCGGAGGCGCUGAGAGCCGAGUAUGAAAAAUCACCCAUCUAUACUCAAAUGGUAGCAGAUUACUCUUACCCAGACUCCGACCUCGCCCGCGAGCGGACCGAAGAGUUUAAGAAAGGCGUGGCUUUUGAAACCUCCAAAAAUUUGCCCAAGAACAGUCCCUUCACCGUUGGCUUCGUUGACCAAGUUAAGAUCUGCGUGCAGCGCCAGUAUCAGAUCCUUUGGGGCGACAAAGCUACAUUCAUCAUCAAGCAGGUGGCCACACUAUGUCAGGCCUUGAUUGCCGGCUCCCUGUUUUAUAGUGCGCCCGAUAACUCUGGCGGACUUUUCAUCAAAUCCGGUGCCCUUUUCUUCUCCCUUCUUUACAACAGCUUACUCGCGAUGAGUGAAAUUGCUGCCGACGUACCUGUGUUGCUUUUCCAGGUUUCCAUGUUUGGUCUGGUUCUUUACUUCAUGGUGGGACUCUCAAUGUCUGCUGGAGCUUUUUUCUCCUACUGGAUCAUUGUCUUCACAACAACAAUGACUAUGACUGCUCUUUUCCGAGCCGUAGGAGCUCUGUUUUCUACUUUUGAUGGAGCCUCCAAGGUCUCGGGUUUACUGAUCAUGUGCACCGUUUUGUACACUGGCUACAUGAUCCCAAAACCUGCAAUGCAUCCUUGGCUCGGUUGGAUCUUCUGGAUUGACCCGCUUUCCUAUGGGUUCGAGGCCUUACUGAGUAUAGAAUUCCAUGACAAGAGCGUCAUUCCAUGCGUCGGGACGAAUCUGAUCCCCACUGGCCCCGGAUAUGAAAAUGUCCAGGCCUACCAAGCUUGCGCUGGUGUGGCUGGCGCGAUCCCAGGCCAGAACUUCGUGAUUGGCGACAAUUAUCUAGCGUCACUCUCAUACAGUCACUCCCAUGUCUGGCGCAACUUCGGUAUCAACUGGGCCUGGUGGGCUUUGUUCGUCUUCGUCACGAUUGUCGCGACUUCGAGGUGGCAGUCACCCUCCGAGGCGGGCAGCACCCUGGUUAUCCCCCGUGAAUACUUGCACAAGCACGUCAACAACCAGCAAAGGGACGAAGAAGGUCAGAGUCCAGAGAAGCGGGUUUCUCCGACCAAGGAUGAGUCUCCAAAGCUUGACAACCAGUUGGUCCGCAACACGUCCGUCUUCACAUGGAAGAAUCUUUCAUACACAGUUCAGACACCUAGCGGUGACCGAGUCCUCUUAGACAACGUCCAUGGAUGGGUGAAGCCUGGUAUGCUCGGUGCUUUGAUGGGUUCCUCUGGCGCCGGCAAGACAACUCUACUUGAUGUCCUCGCUCAGCGCAAAACUGAAGGAACUAUUAAUGGAUCUAUCAUGGUUGAUGGCCGUCCAUUGCCCGUCUCGUUCCAACGCUCAGCCGGCUAUGUUGAGCAGCUUGACAUUCAUGAACGUAUGGCAACGGUUCGGGAAUCGUUGGAGUUCUCUGCUUUAUUGCGCCAACCUGCUACCACCCCACGCGAAGAGAAACUUGCUUACGUGGACGUUAUUAUCGACUUGCUCGAGCUCCAUGAUCUGGCUGAUACUAUGAUCGGUAGUGUUGGAGCUGGAUUGAGUGUCGAACAACGCAAGCGCGUUACUAUCGGAGUCGAACUUGUUUCUAAGCCCAGCAUCUUGAUCUUCCUCGACGAGCCCACUAGCGGCCUUGAUGGCCAGAGUGCGUAUAACACAGUCAGAUUCCUUCGCAGACUUGCAGAUGCUGGCCAGGCUGUCUUAGUCACCGUGCAUCAACCAUCUGCGCAGCUUUUCGCCGAGUUUGAUCAGCUUCUUCUUCUCGCUAAAGGAGGCAAGACUGUUUUCUUCGGUCCUAUCGGAGAAAAUUCGCAGGGCAUCAAAAGCUACUUCUCACGUUACGGAGCGCCAUGCCCGCCUGAGACUAACCCCGCUGAGCACAUGAUUGAUGUUGUUUCGGGUCAACUGAGUCAGGGCAGAGAUUGGAACAAGGUCUGGCUGGAGUCACCUGAACAUAGUGCCAUGCUUAAGGAGCUUGACGAGAUCAUUGAGACCGCUGCGUCGAAGCCGCAAGCUACCACCGAUGAUGGUCGAGAGUUUGCUACUACCCUCUGGGAGCAGACAAGUCUAGUUCUGAAACGUACUUCAACAGCCUUAUACCGAAACUCCGACUACAUCAACAACAAGUUCGCCCUCCACAUCUCCUCUGGCUUGUUUGUGGGAUUCAGUUUCUGGAUGAUCGGUGACUCCGUCUCUGAUCUCCAGAGUGUGUUAUUCUUCAUUUUCAACGCCAUCUUUGUCGCUCCCGGUGUCAUCAAUCAACUGCAGCCAACCUUCCUUGAACGUCGCGAUCUGUUCGAAGCACGGGAGAAGAAGGCCAAGAUGUACUCAUGGAAGGCGUUCACUAUCGCAUUGAUUGUGUCGGAAAUCCCGUAUCUGGUUGUGUGUGCUGCUCUUUUCUUCAACUGUUGGUAUUGGACAGCCGGUAUGGCAGUUGAAUCCAGUAAGAGUGGUAGCAUGUUCUUCGUGUUUUUCCUCUACGAGUUCCUCUACACUGGAAUUGGCCAAUUCGUCGCUGCAUAUGCACCGAACGCCCAGAUGGCUGCCAUGAUAAAUCCUCUAAUACUGGGCACAAUGAUCUCUUUCUGCGGUGUCUUUGGUCCCCUACGCCCAAAUUGUCAGCUUCUGGCGCUACUGGAUCUACUGGCUCAACCCGUUCAACUACCUCAUGGGCAGCAUGAGCAAGAGUUCGCCAAGUUCGACGCACCCAAUGGAACCACCUGCGGUGAAUACCUGAGCGACUUCAUGCAAACCAUUGGCACCCGUAUGAACCUCAUCAAUCCCGAAGCCACCGAAGGAUGCCGUGUGUGUCAAUACACCCGUGGAUCCGAUUACCUCGUCACCAUCAACCUGAUGGACUACUUCUAUGGCUGGAGAGACACCGGUAUUGUGGCUCUGUUUGUGGUCAGCUCGUAUGCCCUCGUGUUUAUUCUCAUGAAAUUGAGAACCAAGGCAUCCAAGACGGCCCAGUGA